AUGAUGGACGUCCCCACAGCCAAUCAGAGCCAGACACCCUGUCAGCCGUGGGCGGGCCAGAACGGCUGGUCCCCGGCUUCACCUCAAGAGCACCCCUGCAACCCUCUUCCCAGCUUUUAUCAUCUGAACCUGGGCUCACCUUCUGACCAGAGAACCUGCCACGACCAUCUGCAGGCGUCCAACCAGCGCUGCCAGAACGACAUCGCUUCAUGCAGAAGCAACACUCCUCAGAGCACGCUGUAUUCACGCCUCACAUCCUCUCCUAUCCAACAGCAACCUCACUGGACACUUUCACCAGGCUCUAAAGGAACCAUAAAUGAGUUUGUUCCCAAUGCGACUCCACAGGACAGGAACAUCACGCCACAGUCUCCUAAUUCUGAGUCUCGUUACGGCCUGGACCCAGAGCUCCUGCCCAGUGCUGUGAAGGUGAUUGCAGAGGACAGGGCAGAGUGGGAGGGCAAGGUCUUCGUCUCUGAGCCUUUUUCCCGUCUUCCUCCUCUGGCAACUACUUCCUGUCUCAUAGAGGACAGGGGUAACGCGAGUCCCUUUGCCAUCCGCUCCGCCUCGUACUGUGUGCCCUGUGAAGGUCAGGCUGCCCUGCUCAGCCGUCUGCCGCUGGGAGCUCUGGUCACCCCUCUGGCAAAACAAACUGCUGGAGAGAAGCCCCUGCCGUUGUGCAAAGAGCCAGAGUGUGUUAUGGGUUGUGGUUGGUGCGGAGCCUCCAUGUGCCCGGCGAUGAGCUGGCAGGACUGUGGGCAGAGGUUUUACUGUCCCUUCUGUGGGAAACUCAGCGAAGUACCGUGGCAACACUACCAGCCCACCAAAGGCGUGGAGGGGGUUCGGGUGGACAAAGACACGAGGCCUGAACUCAGUAUGGGGUCAUACGAGAUCCUCAAUUCUCAGAAGGGUGAACCUGCUGCACUGCUUAUAGCCUUAGACGUGUCUGCCUCCGCGCUAAGAGGAGGACAUUUGGAGUUUGCAACACAACAAAUACUCACUCUGCUCCACUCUCUGAAAAGGGAGGAUGGUGAGGCCACGUCUGACGUCCGUGUUGGUUUGAUGACUUAUGACAGUAGGAUCCACCUGUACGACCUCAGCCCCGCCCUUUCCCGCCCACACAUGCUGGUCAUCACAGAGACGGACGACCUGCAGCUUCCUGUGAGGGAGGGGCUUCUGGUGCCCCUGAAAGACUGUAAAGAUGGUAUCGACAGUGUGUUGCAGCUCAUUCCUCAGUUUAGUUCAGAGUGUGAUGACUCUGGUGGAGUUCCCAUGGAGCUGCCUGUCAAAGCAGGACUAGCCGUACUGCAGGCCCUGAGUUGUCCUGGCAAGCUGCUGAUCUUCCAUACUGCCCCUCUGAUAGAGAUGGGACACACAAACACGUCCUCAGGGUUCUUUGGCUCCAACAAACCAAAGUCCAUCUUUCAGCCAUCAGAGUUAGCCGUCUCAUUGGCCAAGGAGUGCGUCAGUCAGGGCUGCGGCGUUCACCUGUUUGUCCUUGCCCAGCAAGAUGUGGGCGGGGCUUGGCCGGGACACAUUCCAUAUCUAACAGGUGGAGCUCUGUACACCUACAGCCACCUCCAGGGUGAAUUGGAUAGAGAGCGUUUCAGCACUGAUCUAAAGAGGAUCGUAGAGACGGACACAGGCUACAAGGCUGAGCUCAGGAUUUUUGUCAGCAAAGAUUUGCGUGUGUCUGGCUGUUAUGGACUUUUUAUUCCUGGGCCUAGCCCCGGCCAGGUCCCCAUGGCGACUCUUGACUGGCUUACAACGCUGGCUGUGGAGCUCGCACACACCAGAGCUCUGGACGAGGCGAGAGGUGUAGCCAUUCAGGCUGUAUUGUCUUACAGCACCCAGACCGGAGACAGGAGGACCAGGGUUCACACUCUGACCCUUCGAUGCUCACGUCACCUGCAGGAGAUAUUCAGGCAGUACCAGGCCCAAACGCUACUCACCUUCUACUGCAAAAAAGUUUACUGUGCAGUGUUGGAGCGCCCCCUACAUGAGCUGAGGGAGGAACUGCAGACGGAGGCAACAGAAGCGCUGGCAUCUUACCGCAAACACUGCUGCUCUGCUUCAGUGUCUGCUGGACAGCUGGUUCUCCCUCAGUAUCUGCGAGCUCUUCCUGUUUACAUCAACAGUCUGAGGAAGAGCGAGGUGCUGCUGCCGGGGCUGAGGAGCUCCGUCCACCAGCGGCUGCAGCAGCGCUGUCAGGUGCUCAGCAUGGAUGCCUGCAGCACUUCCACACACUUCUACCCUCUGCUGCUGCCUCUGGUCUGUACCAUCACACAUGGGAGCUGUCCAAACCGAGAGGAGGCACUGCGCUGCUCUGCUGCCAGCCUGGAGCCCAGAGGUCUGUAUUUGGUUCACACACCCCUCACCCUGCUGCUCUGGGUGGGCACCCAAGUCCCAGUAUGCACCCUGGUUGAGCUCUUCAACACCAGCUGCUUCUCCUCCCUGCCCUCUGGAGAGACCAAGCUGCCAGUUCUUGACAAUCCUCUGUCCGUCAGUGUUCGAUCGCUCAUCAACACACUGAACUCCCAGACACCCUGUGCCCGCAAGCUGUGGGUGGUGAAGCAGGGCGACACCUGCGAGGAGGCCCUGCAGCGCCACCUGGUGGAGGACAAGAGUCCCAACGGGGGAGCGUCCUAUGCAGACUUCCUCUACCACCUCCACGUUAACUCUGUCCGGCUUCUGCAGUGACACACAGACAUGUUCGGACCUCUCUGGGUGCGUUAUCGCCUGCAAAAGACGACUGCAGCAGAUUUACCACAAAAAAAACUAGACCAGUGGGAUCACAAGUAUUACUUUACUGUAAAGUAGAAACGAUAAAGGAAUGUUGUCAGGCAGUGCAUGGGGACAUUUUAUGAGAUAUUUAUUUAUUUCAUGACAGCUGUGAUACGUGUGAUAUGUGAGUGACGUGUGCUGUGUUGAAUGUGAUUCGUGCUGUUCUGAAAAUGUGUUUGUUAAUUUAUUCCUGUGUCAUGACAAUUCUCUAAUCCCUGCCUGAGAUGUGUGUGUGUGUGUGUGUGUGUGUGUGUGCGUGCGUGUGUGUGUGUGAGAUGCCCACAGUAUGUUCUGUGUGUGCAUAAUCUCAUAUAAAUAAAUAAAGGCUUUAAUUGAACCUUGAUUGAAGUGUCUUCCAGUGUAGUUCUGCUGAGAAGAUUUUUCAGUGUUUCAUGAUCAUCAGUGGAAGAGUUUUCUAAUUAAUGCUUGAGAGGUGAAGUCGCAUCUUAGACGUCAUCCCGCAGGAUCAGAUGAAUAUGUGACUCAGAAAGCCAA